AUGGGUUUAUUAACCAUUUUAAAAAAGAAUCGACAACAUGAGAAAGAGAUGCGUAUACUGAUGCUAGGGUUAGAUAAUGCAGGAAAGACGACUAUAUUAAAAAGGAUAAAUGGAGAGCCUAUUGAUACCAUAUCACCCACGCUUGGGUUCAAUAUAAAGACACUUGAAUACGAAAACUAUAAACUCAAUAUUUGGGACGUUGGUGGACAAAAGUCUAUUAGAUCCUACUGGAGAAACUACUUUGAACAAACAGACGCCCUUGUGUGGGUAGUAGAUUCGGCGGAUAGAUUAAGAUUAAAUGACUGUAAAAAGGAGCUAUUUCAGCUAUUGCAGGAAGAAAGAUUAGCAGGAGCCACAUUACUUGUAUUUGCAAACAAACAGGAUAUUGCGGGAGCACUCAGCGAAAAAGAGAUCAAAGAUGUACUUGGACUAGAGGAUAUCAAGACCCAUCACUGGGCUAUACUUGCUUGUAGUGCAGUAACAGGAGAGAAUUUAUUGAAAGGGAUGGAUUGGGUAGUAUAUGAUGUGGCAUCAAGGAUAUAUAUGUUAGAUUAA